AUGUCCAUCCCCUACCCACCCACUGCACCGCCUGCAACGACCUCGUCGUCCACCGUCCCACCGCCCACACCAAUAUCCACACGAAACCCGCUCCCACUAUCCGCAGCGCAAGAGGGCCAAGUGCGCGAUCUCUACUACAAACGCGUGCGUUCUCUCUGCGCAAACGAGAUAAGAGACUUCGCCUCCUGCGCGCUCAACCGCACUUUCUCAGCCACAUGGGCGUGUCGGCCGCAGCGGCUCGCCAUGAACAACUGCAUGGUUGCGCACGCGACGGUCGAGCAGCAGGACGCGGCUAGGGAGGAGUGGUUCGCGACCAAGGAUCAGCGGAGGAAGGAGAGGGAGGAGAAGGAGGCGAAGAGGAAAGAGGCGGAGAAGUUGCAUCAUGAAUAUUGGGGGCUGGAUGAGCAGGGGAGGAGGAUUUGGGAUGCGGAUAAGGCGGGAGGGAAACGGUGA